ACGGAAUCGGAAGUGACGUUUUAAUGCUGGUAGAUUCAGCUCCUCUUGUCGUUCUGGAUUAGAUCGCCCCGGUGCAGAGCCGUGGUAUCAGAAGUGUUGGGCUAUGAUGAGUUCUCCGGAGGGCCUCCGCGGGACCAAGCGACCUGUCUCACCGAGCCACGAGGGCCCCACCCAGUGGGGGGCCGUGGACCUCGGCAGCGAUGAGAGGAAGCAGAAGUUUCUGCGGUUGAUGGGAGCGAGCAAGAAGGAGCCCACAGGACGCCUGGUCAUCGGGGACCACAAGUCCACAUCCCACUUCCGCAGCGGGACGGAGGACCAGAAGAUCCGAGGGGAGCUGGAGGAGCAGUACCACCAGGGGAUGGACGGGAAGCUGUCUGGACGCAACCGCAGGCACUGUGGGCUGGGCUUCAGCGAGGCGGAGUCUUUCCCGUCCGAAGCGGCAGAGAACCAGACCAAAGCAGACGAGCCCAGAACACCUGCAGGGGGCAACGUAGAGGGGCCAGCGGGGCCCCCCACAGGGGGCACCGUGGAGGGGCCAGCAGGGCCCCCCGCAGGGGGCGCCGUAGAGGGGCCAGCAGGGCCCCCGGGGACCGCCUCACUCCCUGAGCCAGAGAGCCCCCCCUCAGAGCCACCACAGUCCGAAGACGAGGACGACGAGGACGACGAGGACGAGGAUGACAAGAAGAGUCGGAGCUACAAAAUGGCCUUUGUCAAGUCCACAUAGGACCGGGCUCCCUGGCCCAGGAGGCUUCUGAACAUUGGUGUAUUGUUGUUUUCUUAUUGAGUAGCAUCUUAUUUGACGGGUUACUCGUUUCAAAGCCUUCAGCCUGUAAAGCAGCCGGUUCUGAGGAAACGUCAACCUGUCGUUAACGUCGGACACUCUUCUCCACUGCUCAGUGUGUCACCGUGUCAGAAUUGAACUGCCAACUUUUAGAUUAUUUCAAUGUUUUUUUUGUAUGGGUGGCAUGUGUAAUGGGCACUAAGCAUUAGAUACACUUGAAUAUGUCUAGAAACUGGAGAGAGGUCAAUAAACGGCGGUAGCAGCAAUCUGCUGUUAUCAGAUAAGGUGUG